UUCUUCUUCACUGAAACUUCCUCAUUAUUCCCAAAUUAACCCUCUUCCAAUCCCAAAUUCCCAAUUUUGCCUAAAAGCUGAUUGUCAUGGCCGACCGUCAAUCCACUUCCGCUUCAUCUGCUCAGCCAAUCAGGCCGUCGCCGUCUCCGUCGCGACGGAGACUGCAGAAGUACAGGUCUAUUAAGGAUAUCAUUGACAACCCCGAUGUGGUGCGCCAAGACUACAACGACACCGUUUGCGAUCAAUGCGGCUCCGGUGAUCGUGACCACCAGCUCCUUCUCUGUGAUAAAUGUGAUAAAGCUUACCACAUGCUAUGUCUUCGUCCUAUCGUUGUUCGUGUUCCUAUUGGUCCCUGGUACUGUCCUGCCUGCUCCGAUCAUCCACCGCCGCUUAAAAAAAUUUCAGGUUUCACGCAGACUAAAAUUUUUGAUUUCUUUAAGAUAAAGAAAUGCACGGCUUCAUCGGUGAAAAGAAUAUCUCCUCAAGAUUCUAGCAGACGUAGGAGACGAACUGGUGCCAUUGUGCAUCAUAAGAGGAGGAGGAGACUAUUACCAUAUACUCCAAGUGAAGAUACCAAAAUCAGGUUGGAGCAAAUGCGCUCUCUAGCUUCUGCUCUAACCUACCUGAGCAUGGAAUUUAGUGAUGAUCUCACUUACUCCUUUGAUAUGGCUCCAAGAGGGGCAAAUUUGGCUAUGUUUGAGGAUGGUGGAAUGCAGGUUCUUUCGAAAGAAGACACAAAAACCUUGGAAUACUGCAGAGCCAUGUUGAAGAGAGGCGAAUGCCCUCCACUGCUUGUCGUAUACGAUUCUUGCGAAGGUUAUACCGUAGAAGCUGAUGGCCCUAUAAAAGACAUGACAUUGAUAACUGAAUAUACCGGCGACGUAGAUUUCAUCAAAAAUCGUGAACACGAUGACUGUGAUAGCAUGAUGACUCUUCUUUUAGCAUCAAAUCCAUCAAAAAGUCUUGUCAUCUGCCCUGACAAACGUGGAAACAUAGCUCGCUUUAUUAACGGAAUAAAUAACUUUACACCGGAAGCGAAGAAGAAGCAAAAUCUGAAAUGUGUGAGAUAUAGCGUAUAUGGAGAAUGUCGGGUCCUGUUGGUUGCUACUCGUGAUAUUGCUAAGGGAGAGAGAUUAUACUACGAUUAUAAUGGGUAUGAACACGAAUACCCAACUCAUCAUUUUGUAUAGGCAUGGCAUGUAGUUCAGUG